AUGUCUGAACAACAAUUAGAGCUUAAAUUAGCAUCUUAGUUAUCUAAGUUAAUGGAAGAAGAUGAUGAUGAACAAAAUCAACCUUUUCUUGCUCAGAGUGGUUCAAGGGACUAUGAAAAGCCAUAGCUUAAGCAUUAGAGAAGUAUAUUAGAUGAUUUCGCAAAUGGAUUUAUGCCAGAAGAAAUCUUGAAUAGAGAUAUGGAUGAUGAUCAUUUUAGAAGUGAUGAACUUAAAGAAAAAAUUGGUGCUGAUGCCAAAAACAACGAAGGUUCAUAGUCAAAUAAGGCGAAAUCUCAAAGUCAUAAAUCUGUAGAUAUAGAUGAGUCAUUCAAGGAUUUCUAAUCAGAACUUGAUCAGUUAGGUCAGCUUGACGUGGAUCAAUUAGAUAAUAUACUUACUCUCGCAGAUAAUUUGGCGAUCUAAUUAGCUUACAAAACAUCAGCUAAAAUGAACAAUAUUAAGUCCAAAGUUCAGUCCUAGAUUGAUGCUGAAAAGAAGAAGAUUACUGCUUAAUUUUUGAAGCGAAAGAGAAUUUUAGAGCAGUACAUGAAUAAAGCACCCAUUGUAAGAUUUAUGGAUAAGAUAUUCUUUAUCGUUGGAGUAUUGUUACUGAUAGCUACAACCUAUAUGCUUGGUAGAUAUCCUAACAAGCAUUACUACACUUUCCACAUUUAUACUGUAACUACGUUAGUUGUGAUCAGAUUAUUCAACUACAGAAUAAAAAGAUGGCAUUAUUAUCUGUUUGAUUUUUGCUACUUCGCUAACACUUUGAUCAUCUAUUAUCUAGUUAUAGAUCCAAAGAAUGAUAUCUUGUUUAGAAUAUUCUUUGUCUAUGCAAAUGGGCCCUUUGGACUAGCUAUUCCAGCUUUUAAGAACUCUAUGAUCUUCCACAAAUUGGACAACCUUACAUCGAUUGCUAUUCAUUUGAUCCCAUUAGUAACUUCUUAUAAUCUUAGAUGGACGACUCUUUUUUAUGAGAGAAGCCUACCCGAGGGAGAGAGAUACUUCUUGAACAUAGAUGAAGAUAAUGAAAAGUUUACCCUCAAUUUCUUGUUCAAAAUGUUCUUCAUUCCAUUUGCUGUUUACAUUUUGUGGGCAUUCUUAUAUUACAUGAAAGUCUUCAUAAUAUCCUCGAAGAAAAUCAAGGAAAGAAAUUAUGAAACAAUGUAUAUCUACUACUACAACUAGGCUUGGGCUAAGAAGAUUCUUGAUAAGGCUGGCCCAUAAUUCGGUCCAAUUGUCUUCAUGUCCUUCCAUGUUGGAUUCUUUAUUCUAUCUUCUGGCUUUGCCAUUAUUGCUUUUAACUCAUUCUGGGUUCACACCAUUUUAACUUUGAUCUGGACUAUCAUGAGUAUUUGGAAUGGAGCUAACUUUUAUAUGGAGUACUUCUCAAGAAAGUAUGAAGCAAAUCUCAAAAUGCUCGGAUAGAUUGAAUAACAGCUCACUUUAGAUGCCAAAUAAGAGGCCACUGAGUCGAAUAAAUAAUGA